UAUAUGUGCAUUUCCCACCUAAACCCAGCCCACAAAAAUAGUAGUAGUAGCCAUUUUCCCCUUCCAUUUUGUAUUUUCUCUUUUCCCUCUCCCUCAAAAAAUUAUUCACACAGUUUAAUUAAAAGUAUCAACACUGAUCUAGCAACGAAGAAAAAGAAUUGGGAAAAUGUCUAGGGAAAGAGGUGAAGUGAUUUACAAGAUUUACAGAGCCUUAACUUAUGGCUUAUCGCCGUUGAUUCAUCUUCAUCUACGGUGGCGCAAAUUCCGAGGCCUGGAACAUCCUCUUCGCUGGCGCGAGCGUCUCGGAAUUCCUUCUCAGUCUCGGCCACGUGGCACUCUCUUCUGGUUCCACGCUGUCUCCCUUGGUGAAGGACUGUCCGCGAUUCCCGUGAUCAAAUGCUGUGUAGAAAGGAGGCCUGAUGUAACUGUUUUGAUGACGACAACCACCACAUCGGCAUUCGAGGUAAUAAAGCACCAGCUUCCAAAAAAUGUCAUUUAUCAGUUUUCUCCAGUUGACACUCCUGCCGCCAUUGACACUUUCCUUCGUUAUUGGAAACCUAGUGCGAUCAUGUUGAUGGAAAGUGAGCUCUGGCCAAACCUGAUUAUAGGCGCUGCAAAAAAUAGGAUUGCACUUGCAUUGCUUAAUGCUCGAAUAUCUGCAAAAUCUUAUGACAGUUGGUCUCAGCCAUUUAUUAUUCCUCUGACAUCAUUAAUGCUCUCUAAAUUCUUGCUGAUUCUUCCACUGAGCACUACCCAGGCAAUUCGCUUUCAACUGCUGCAGUGUCCACCCUUCAUCAUAAAUUUUUGUGGUGACCUAAAGUAUGCUGUAGGGAGCAUUGACACAGAUGAAGGGGAUCAGAGAGCUCUGAAAGAGUUGCAGAUACAACUUACGAACAGAAAAGUUUGGAUGGCAUCUUCUAUUCAUAAGGGUGAAGAAAAAGUCAUGUUGGGAGUACACAAUGCACUAAAGCAAAUACAUCCGGAUAUCAUUACCAUCAUUGUGCCUCGGCAUCCUCAACAUGGAGAACAAAUUGCUUUGGAAUUGGAGAAAAAUGGAGUAAGGGUAGCAUUACGAUCACGUCAUGAUAAGCUCAUGCCAGGGACAAACAUAUAUGUGGUUGACACAUUAGGAGAAUUACAACAGUUUUACAGAGUAACACCAAUAGCUGUGAUUGGAGGUUCAUUUCUACCAGGUUCAGCUGGUCAUAAUAUUUCAGAAGCCGCUGCAGCAGGCUGUGCAAUUUUGACUGGUCCUUAUAUUGGGCAUUUCUCUCAUAUGGCAACAGAGAUGCAACGGUUGAAUCCUUUGUCAGUAUUACAGGUUUCUGGACACAUUCUUGUCAAAGCUCUCAGCAACCUUCUUAGUGAUUUAAAACUUUUGGAAGCACGUCAAGAAGCUGCUAAACAAGCUUAUCAUGCUCUGUCUUGUGGGAUCACUGAAAACGUUUGGAGCCUUCUAGACUUCCACGUUUUUCGGAUUGCACUGGCAAACCAAGGUUUGAUGCUGUGAACCCCUUUCUUCGGCUCAUCCUAUCCAUGAUUGGACUAUGUCAUGUUAAAAAAAGUCCGUCAGUCUUCACAGUUCCUAUAUCAAAAUCAUGGUAUCUUGAACAGGGAAGAAAAUCUCAUGUAAAGAACAUAAAUAAUGUUUCCUCCUUUUCCUGAAUACCAGUUUCUCUUUUGUUAAUUUUCAUUAAUGUGAUGAGAAAUGUCUCGGCUCAAUGGAUGCUAGACUCAGUCAUAGAAUACCUCAUUAGAUAUCGGGUUGUCACCUGUAUAUCAGAUUGUCCUUAGUGAGAUUUGCCUCCCAAGAUGCUUUAUGAGCAAAGAGCAGUCUUAAGAGGACAAGGGUUUUUCAGGGGAGGCCUCGAAAGGAAGUGUAUCACAAGUAUCAGUUAAUGCAUGUAGGAGGAGCAGCAGAAACUCUUCCCCUGUGAGAUUGCUCAAAGCUUGAAAUGAAGAACAUGAUAAUCUGAAUGACGUACAUUUGCACUUCUGUGGAUUUGAACGAGAAGUUCAUGGCUGCUAUGACCAGUACUUACAAAUCUCUUGCAUCUCUGGGCUAAUUUGCUGAUUAAAAUUAUCUACACCUUAUAUGGCUUCUCCACCACCGCCUAUGGUUUGUUCCUUAACAAGCAUGUUUCUGCCAGGUGCAGCUUUCUCCUUUCUUAGCUUCACAAUGCUGCUGACCUGAAAUUGUUUCAGCUUUUAUUGGGUUUCAUAUAAGCAACUUUCAUCAGAACUCUAUUCUGGGAAUCACUGCCUAGAAUGUUGAUGGUGGGUUUUUUUUUUUUUUUUUAACUGUCAAACUUUAUUAAUUACCAAGCACUUCGUUACAUAUCCAGAGCAAACUACCAAUCUGCUCAUCUAAUCAGCAUCCUACAUACCAAAGAAGACACAAAAAUCUAAGAACCAAGUAAACACUAUAACUCCCUAACAAAUUCAAAGUGCCUCCUAUUCUCCCUCACUCUAGUACAUAGUGUGGUCUGUAUGCUAUGCACCAGUUUGGCUUUGUCCUUCUGUUAUUGAACACUCAGAGUUUCUUUCGCCCCAUAGUUCAUAGAUCACAGUUGCAAAGCUUGCUUUGAGUAGUACACCCCUUGGAGCUUUAGUUUUGCUUGCUCUUUGCACCCACCCCUUGGAGCUUUAGUUGAUGGUGGUUUUGGUAACAGGUAGAAGCGACCUUAAUAGACAAAACGUCCAGAAGUUUGUUCAGCUAACAAUUUCUUACAGUUCUCACGCACUAUGACUGGGCGUGAACAAUGACUACCGGAAUUCUGUGCAAUGAUAGUACACUUUCACUAGGAAUGCUGAGAAGUAGUGUUACAAAUAUUAUUCGUGGAAGAGUAGCAUUUUUUCAUGGAUGUUGAUUUUUGGUGCUUCCUCGGUGGCAAAAGAGUUUCAUGUUAGUGUGCUUUUUGUAAGUUGCAAUAUCUUUGUUCUGAUCCUUAUUUUCACAUUAUUGAGAUUCGUUACUACAUAAGCCUGUGAAAGUGGUGAUUCGUGAUUAUGCUAUUGCUUGUCUAACUACA